AUGAAUGCAAAGUAUGGUGUGUGUGAAUGGUCAGUAACAAGGGUUGAAGCCUUGACGUGGAGUUACUGCUCACAUGUGUAUUCAUGUGCCAAUUCAACCAAUGUGAGUCACUGUAAUACUUAUAAGGUAACCAAAAGUACUGUGAUUGUGGAGAAUGAAACGACUGUAUCUCCUACACACUGCUUACACUGUGACCGUAUCUCCUAUACACUGCUUACACUGUGACCGUAUCCCAUAAACACUGCUUACACUGUGACCGUAUCUCCUAAACACUGCUUACCCUGUGACCGUUUCUCCUAAACACUGCUCACACUGUGACCGUAUCUCCUAAACACUGCUGACACUGUGACCGUAUCUCCUAAACACUGCUUACACUGUGACCGUAUCUCCUAAGCACUGCUCACACUGUGACCGUAUCUCCUAAACACUGCUCACACUGUGACCGUAUCGCCUAUACACUGAUGACACUGUGACCGUAUCGUUUAAUCACUGCUCAUACUGUAGUUAACAGGGAUACCUUCAAAGGUGAUGUGUUCAGGAGCAAAUUCACUUUAUAUGUGACUUCGUUGGUAUGAUAAGAUAAAGUAUUUAAAAUACUGGAUGGUAACUAUGCCAAAAUGUAUGGUGUGUAUACCUUUAAAUCUGCUAUAGGCAGAAUCUUUUGGUACACACCAAAUGAUCUGCUUAAUACAAAGUAGUUGCUAAAUACAAAAUAACCAUAUGGGACCUGGUUACCUGUUAUGUAUAAAAUUAAAACACUGUUAAAAAUAGUGUGUAUAUUGCUUUAAGUAAUCCGUUGGAAAACUAAACAGUGCACAGAACAGUAUUAUAUUUUAAUAAGGAGAUAUAAAAAACUCCAUAAUAACUGUAUUAGUUAUAAUCACUUGAGAAUUAGGCAAAAACUACAAGUGAAAGUAAAAAACCACUAUUAACAAAAUGUAUUUAAAAAAUAAUGUAGAAAUGUAUUCAUCAUAUAAAGUCACAGUGUCAGCAAUGUAUAGGAGAUACGGUCACAGUGUAAGCAGUGUUUAGGAGAUACGGUCACAGUGUAAGCAGUGUGUAGGAGAUACGGUCACAGUGUAAGCAGUGUGUAGGAGAUACGGUCACAGUGUAAGCAGUGUGUAGGAGAUACGGUCACAGUGUAAGCAGUGUUUAGGAGAUACGGUCACAGUGUAAGCAGUGUUUAGGAGAUACGGUCACAGUGUAAGCAGUGUGUAGGAGAUACGCUCACAGUGUCAGCAGUGUUUAGGAGAUACGGUCACAGUGUGAGCAGUGUUUAGGAGAUACGGUCACAGUGUCAGCAGUGUUUAGGAGAUACGCUCACAGUGUCAGCAGUGUUUAGGAGAUACCGUCACAGUGUAAGCAGUGUUUAGGAGAUACGGUCACAGUGUAAGCAGUGUAUAGGAGAUACGGUCACAGUGUAAGCAGUGUUUAGGAGAUACCGUCACAGUGUAAGCAGUGUUUAGGAGAUACGGUCACAGUGUAAGCAGUGUAUAGGAGAUACGGUCACAGUGUAAGCAGUGUGUAGGAGAUACAGUCGUUUCAUUCUCCACAAUCACAGUACUUUUGGUCUGAGUGAGAUCUCCAGGCAGGAAGAGCAGGUGUCACUCCGAGUCUCAGAUCUAAUCCGGCAGCUGGAAAUAAAGAAGGAGGUUCUGUCCAGGAAGAUGGGUCACAUUGAGGAGCUGUGUAACAUGAUGGAUCCAUUAACUGUCUUACAAGGACGGGAAUCACACAGCGCUGACUAUUGUGAUACUGAGGAGGGAGAUAAUGAGGACAGAGAGAGAGAUGAUAAAAAGGUCCAUGCUGUAGGGGAUCUGGAUGUGGGUCUGAUCUCAGUGACCUUACACUCAAGAUUAGCUGGGAUUGUGACCGGAGUAAAGAGACAGCUCCAUGUACCGGCUAAUAUAUUACUGGGGGUAAACACGGCUUCAGACAUGUCAUUGGGUGUAAACACGGCUUCAGACAUGUCAUUGGGGGUAAACACGGCUUCAGACAUGUUAUUGGAUGUAAACACGGCUGCUAAUGAUGUAACUGUAUCUGGUGAUAUGAAAACUGUAUCCUGGUCACGUAUAAAGCAGAGUCGCCCAGAAACAGCAGAGAGAUUUCAGUCUGAUCAGGUUUUAAGCUCCAGGAGUUUCUCCUCAGGGCGACAUUACUGGGAAGUGGAGGGCAGUGAAUCAGGGGGAUGGAGGGUAGGGAUGGCCUAUCGCAGUAUAGACAGGAAAGGAGGUCAGUCACGGAUUGGAUGGAAUAACAAGUCCUGGGGUUUGUGGAGGUAUAAUAAUAAGUAUUAUGUGACACAUAACAGUAAAGAGAUCCGGUUACCUCCCCCCCCUUCCAGCCGGAGAUUCGGGAUAUUCCUGGACUACGAGGCCGGGCGGCUGUCCUUUUAUGAGCUGUGUGACCCCAUCAGACACGUUCACACCUUCACUGCCACCUUCACUGAGCCUAUACAUGCUAUAUUCGGGGUAUAUGGGGAUAACGCCUGGCUGAGAAUGUAUUGAAUGAUUUAUUAAUCUAAUUAAAGAUAUUUAAUCCCAGAGUGGGAAUCACGAGACGGUAAUACUGAUCUCGGUGUGGGCGGAGCAUCAUAACAGGGUUAGCUCCUCCCACUUGACCUGUGUAUGGGCGGAGCCUGUUACUAAGCAACAGCUGCUCUGUGUGUCACUGUGUGUGAUUGUCGGUGAAUGUAUUGAGUAAUGCUGCAUUAAUGUCAGUAACAGACAGACAUCUCUAUAAUUAAACUAUAGUCACAGCGUGUAUCCUGCAUGUUAGAGAUUGCUUUUUAAUUCAAAUCUGUGUGUGUGUGAGCUUGUGUUGUCUGAUUGUGAUGAGAGUUAGAGUUUAUUGUAUCUGAAAUGUCAGACACACUGGGCUGUCAUUGCUUUGUUUCCUUGUCUCAGGUCGCUGCCCCGGUUCCAUCCCUCCAAUCCCUUAUCACUCUCUGUAUACCUAACAAUGUAAAUCCCGGAUUGCUGCCAUGUUUAAUAUUAAAGUGUUGAGCUACGCUGUGUCCCUUAAAUCCUGUGUUUAUAUAAUGUAUAUGCUCUUCCACUCGAACGUGUGGCUGUCUCUAGGUAUACUGUAAUGUCAGCUCUGCUACUGACAGCUGCUCUCGACUACAACUCCCAUCAUGUAAGUUAUGCCUGUAUGUGAAUGUUUGAGUCAUUAUGUGUACUGGGUGAUUAUUAUUGAAUAUUAGCUGACUGGGUGUGAUGGGAGUUAUAAUGUUUAUGGAAAUAAAUAAAAUAAAAAAACUGCCAAAUCAGUAAAAUCCCACUGUUUUCCUAUUCAGGCAGCACUAAAUCUGUAUAAAGACCGUUUUCAUGUAGAAAUUAAUGAGAUCGGUACACAAUGUUUCCUCUAAUAUUUGGUGGUUGUUGUAGCAGAAAUAUUUUGUUGUGUAAAUAUUUUCCUGUGACGCAGUAUGUGCUGAAUGUUUGUACAAAUGUAAACCUGUAAUGGUGUCAAGAUAAUGUAGUCACACACACUCUCUCAUGGCUAAUAAAACCGCAUUGCUACAUUUUAAUACAAUACACAUAUGAUUGCUUGCUUUACGUUUAUACCCACAUCCAUGCCACAUUGCCCACAUGUGCAUUGUCGCCAUAAAGGCAGGUAGAUCUAAAAGCCCCCAACAAUCCCCUCCCCAAAUAAUCACCACAUUACUGAUUUAUGGAUAAAUGUGUGC